AUGGCUUCAGCGCUGGUGGAUCAAGCCGCCAAGAUGAAAAUCGGUGACAGUACUUCGGCUAAGAGUGAGACUGAGAAGCCCAAGGCUCCUGGCAGAGACACUCGACCACAGACUGAGGAUGUCACGGCCACCAAGGGCCUUGAGUUCGAAGAUUUCGUUCUCAAGCGAGACCUUCUCAAAGGAAUCCACGCGGCAGGAUUUGAAAAGCCUUCACCCAUCCAAGAAGAAACCAUACCCGUCGCCUUAACAGGGCGAGAUAUAUUGGCAAGAGCAAAGAACGGCACAGGCAAGACUGCUGCGUUCAUAAUACCCACACUAGAGAAGAUCGAGCCGGAAAAGCAGAAGACCCAGGCUUUGAUCAUCGUGCCCACAAGGGAGCUUGCUCUACAGACAUCACAAGUUUGCAAAACCUUGGGCCAGCAUCUGGGCAUCAAUGUCAUGGUCACGACCGGUGGCACCGGUCUCAAAGACGACAUCAUUCGCCUGCACGAAACGGUUCACAUUAUUGUUGGCACUCCUGGCCGGAUAGCAGAUCUUGCGAGAAAGGAGGUCGUCAAACUUGACGAAUGUACUACAUUUGUCAUGGACGAAGCCGACAAGCUUCUCUCUCCGGAAUUUACGCCCACAAUUGAACAACUGCUCGGUUUUCACCCUAAAGAGCGCCAAGUCAUGCUUUUCAGCGCCACCUUCCCAAUAAUAGUCAAAUCAUUCAAAGAUAAACAUAUGACUAACCCGUACGAAAUCAACUUGAUGGACGAGCUCACUCUGCGAGGUAUAACGCAGUACUACUGCUUCGUAGAAGAGAAACAGAAAGUCCACUGUCUCAAUACCCUCUUCUCCAAACUCCAGAUCAAUCAGUCCAUCAUUUUCUGCAACUCCACAAAUCGAGUGGAGCUGCUUGCGAAGAAGAUAACCGAACUUGGAUACUCCUGCUUCUAUUCUCACGCUAAGAUGCUGCAACACAAUCGUAACCGCGUGUUUCAUGACUUCCGGAACGGUGUAUGCCGCAAUCUCGUUUGCUCUGAUCUUCUUACCCGCGGUAUCGACAUUCAGGCUGUUAAUGUAGUCAUCAAUUUUGAUUUCCCAAAGAAUGCGGAGACCUACCUCCAUCGUAUUGGUCGAUCUGGACGUUUCGGACAUUUGGGAGUGGCGAUCAACCUGAUCAAUUGGGAUGAUCGCUUCAACCUCUACAAAAUUGAGCAGGAGCUCGGUACCGAGAUUGCAGCCAUCCCACAAUCCAUUGACAAGAAGCUCUACGCUUACGAUUCUCCCGAAAACAUCCCUCGCCCAGCAUCAAACCUUGGGUCCGAACGUCAGGCAUCUGGCCAAGGCCAACAAGGUGGACCCAACCAGCGACCCAAUCGUGGCCUUAGCAAUUCCAAUGGAAGCUACUCUGGCCAAGGACGCAAUCAAGCCAACGGACGUGGACCUCAACAAACCAACGGGACCAACUAUCAGAACAACUCACGUUACCCGGGUCAAUCGAAUGGAGGCCAGAGAGAAAUACGCACCCAGCUUUCAGCGCCUUCGCUUCAACAUACACCGAACUAG